AUGGAAAGUCGUCUCUAUGGACUUACAACCAAAGAUUUAAGAGUGUUGGCAUACACUUUGGCAGUGAAAAAUGGGAAGAAACAUAUGUUUAACUGUGACAAAGGAGUAGCUGGCAAAGAUUGGCUUCAUGGAUUUUUAAGCAGGCACCCAGAACUAUCGAUAAGAAAACCAGAAAGCACUUCAGCUGCACGUGCCGCUGGGUUUAAUAAGCAGGCUGUUGAACAGUUUUUUAACAUCCUUGGUAAUGUUUAUGAUGAACAUAAACUUCCACCGGACAGAAUUUAUAACUGUGAUGAAAUAGGAAUUUCAGUGGUACCUAAAACAAGGUCAAAAAUAAUUACACGAAAAGGCAGAAAACAAGUGGUAUCUAUUACUUCUGCGGAUAGAGGUACUACAAUAACUAUUGAAAUAUGUUUCAGUGCUAGUGGCCAAUACAUGCCUCCAAUAAUGGUGUAUCCAAGAAAAAGAAUGGACCCGCAGCUAAUGCUGAAUGCUGCUCCUGGAGCGUGGGGUGUUUACAGUGAUUCUGGAUGGAUGACAGCUGAGUUAUUCCUUGGCUGGUUUAAGAAAUUCAUUGAAUUUAGUGGGGCCAGGCCUGAUCGACCUGUGCUUUUGUUGUUAGACGGCCACAGCACUCACACACAGAACCUUGACGUCAUUAAUGAAGCUCGUUCCAAUGGAGUUAUUAUAUUAUGUUUCCCCCCACAUACGACUCAUCGACUUCAAGUCGCUGACGUAGCAUACAUGAAGCCCUUGAGCACAUAUUACGAUCAAGAAAUCACAGCCUGGCUUCGGAGUAACUCAGGUAUGGUGGUAACUCCCCGGCAAGUGGCAGAGAUUUUUGGCAAAGCGUUUGUCCAGGCUUCUACAGUGGCAACGGCGGUUAAUGGCUUCAAAAAAUGUGGGAUUUGGCCAUACGAUCCAACAGUUUUUUCGGAUAUUGAUUUUGCCCCUUCAUUAGCGACAGAUAUUCCACAAACAGAGAGAGUAUCUACCACUGAAGCAUUUCAAAAAGCAUCUACGCAGGACAACGAAGCAACAGCUUUAAAUAGAUCGUUGAUAUCAACUGACGCUUCAGUUGUGCCUGAAACGACAAUGAAUGCAACAACACAUGCAAAGAUAACUUCAGAUGCGACAGUUGAAGUAUCUGAUAAAGCAAUUAUGGACAAACCACUGAUGAUUGAGGCAGAGCCUGAACCCGGAUGCUCCUCAUGGAUAAACAAUAUCGGAAUAGACCAAAGACCAACUACUCCAUCAUCAGUAUUUUCUGUUGUUAGUCCUCAACAAGUGAUGCCUUAUCCUGCAACCCGGAAAAUUUCACGCGUGACAAGGAAACGAGAAAAAACAGCUAUCAUAACUUCUUCUCUGUACAAAAAUGAAUUGGAAAAAUCAAUCGAAAAAAAGAGACUGGUAGAAGAUAGCAAAAAGAGAAGAAAAGAUGCAAGAGAACAAAAAAAAUACAAGAAAACCGAAUUGACUAAAAAGAAGAAAACUAAUAUUAAUACGAAGAAUAAAAAGAAUCACACUUCACCAGAAUAUGAUGAAGAGGAAAAUAAUAUCCCUUGUUUUUACUGCACCGGAAGAUACAUGGAAUCAAAUGAAGGUUGGGUCGCGUGUUCCCUCUGUGGGAAUUGGGCACAUUGUCACAGCGACAGCUGGGCUAGAUGA